AUGUUCAAUGCCCUGCAGGGAACAGGAUCCUAUGGCCUCAGCCCCAAGGACUCUGACGUCGGAAACCAUGCCUCGACCGCCCUCUCCUGUGUCUUUGCCAUUUCGUCCCUCUUCGCUGGCGCUCUCUUCAACAUCUUUGGUCAUCGUCUCCUGCUCAUCAUCGGUGGUUUGACUUACUGUCUCUAUGUCGGAUCCUUCUUGGCCUACCACUACAUCACCUCGAUCGUCUUUGUCGUCGUUGCCUCGUGCCUGCUUGGUAUUGGUGCCGGUUGGUUGUGGUGCGCCCAGGGUGCCGUCAUGAUGGGUUACCCCGAGGAGGGUGACAAGGGCAAGUACUUUGCCAUCUUCUGGGCCAUCUUCAACUGUGGUGGUGUCAUUGGUAACGUCAUUCCCUUGAUCCUCCAAUGGAACGACGCCGACGCCGGUGGUGCUAGCACAGGUGCCUAUGGAACCUACAUGGUCGUCAUGGUCAUUGGUGCCCUUCUCUCCCUCCUCUUGUUGCCUACCUCCAAGGUCUUCCGUAGGGAUGGCACCAACGUUGUCCGUGUCCGCUACUCGAGCCCCACCUCCGAGUUGAUCUCGGUCUUCAAGCUCUUCUUGGACUGGCGCAUGUUGUGCCUGAUCCCCAUGUUCUUCACCUCCAACUGGAUCUACACCUACCAGUUCAACGCCGUCAACGCCUUCAACUUCACCAUCCGUACGCGUGCCAUGAACUCGAUGUUCUACUGGUUGGCUCAGAUUUUCGCCUCCAUUGCCUAUGGUCAGUUCUUGGACAAGCGCGAGUGGUCCCGCCCCAAGCGUGCCCGUUACGGUCUUAUCCUCUUGACCAUUUUGCUUGGCGGUACCUGGGCUGGAGGAUUCUUCUUCCAGCGCACGUUUGGUCCCCGCAACGACAACGCCGUCCCAGACCCAUUGAACCCUGGCAGCUUGAUCAAGAACCCCGCCGAUUUUCACCAUAUCGAUCUGGUCACCAACACCAAGGACUUCAUCGGCCCCUUUUUCCUCUACCUCGCCUACGGAGUCACCGAUGCCAUGUACCAGGGGUUCUCUUACUGGUUGAUGGGAGCCUUGACCAACGACACCAACCAGGCUGCCCGCUUCGCUGGUUUCUACAAGUUUGUCCAGAACUUGGGAGGUGUUCUUGCCCCUGUCGUCCAGACCUCGAUCAUCGGUAACGGACCCUCUGCUGGAUACAAUGCCGUCAAUGCCCAGACCCGUGGUAUGGGUGAGUUCCUUGUCUGUGUUGUUCUGAUCGGUCUCGGUGUCCUUGGCGCCGUCCCUGUUGCCUUCAGGGCCGUCCAGGAACACACCAUCGAGGAGGGUGACGACAUAAUCGAGCUCGGCGACAAGCAGGAGCUCUACGACGGCAAGAACUAA